UGUAUUUUAGUUCUAGAUAUAUCCAUUUCUGCGACGAGUAAUUUGGGACGGAGGGAGUAUACAUCACUCGACCAAUGUGUUAUGCAAAUCAAGUCUCACGCACAGCGCAAUUUGCUAGCCUGUCAAUCAUCGAAUAUCAUCGGCCGUACGUCCAUCAGCUCGGAGAAGACCGUCCAUCAAUCGUUAUCAACCACUGCUACGAAGAUGAGUUCCUCCGACGACCUCGCCGGUGGAAAGAAGACUUCGUGGCCGGAGGUGGUCGGGCUGACUAUCAAGGAGGCCAAGGAGAUCAUCCUCAAGGACAAGCCCGACGCCGACAUAGUCGUGGUGCCGGUCGGCUCCGCCAUGACCGAGGACUUGAGGCCCAACCGUGUCCGCAUCUUCGUGGGCACCGUCGCCAAGACCCCCCACGUGGGAUAGGUGGAUAGCUCCUGCUGGCUUGCUGUGGCCUGCAUACAUAGAUGCUGGCUCACGAAUAAAUGAAUAAGGAGAAAUAAAGAAGUAUGGAAGUCAUGUGUGCUUAA